AUGGAUAGUAUGGAAGACAGUGGAAUUGACAGUGAUCACAAAAAUCAGAUUGAACCUAAGUCUAAAUUAGAUGAUAAAGAUUACCUGAAAGCUCAAAAGAAACCAAAUGAAUUGCAGAAGAAGAUAGAAAAGCAUCGUGAAAUAGCUAGAAGAGCACAAAAGGCCAUAGACCAGCAACCCAAAAAAACGUUCUUAACAAGAAACAGGGUACCCAUACAGGCAAUGAACCAAGAUACACCUAGUCCAGAUCAACAGCCAUUAGUUGCUAUAAUGAGUGACAGUGAAGAAGAUGAAUUUGAUGUGCCUCGAAUGUCUAAAGCUGCUCAUAAAGAAAUUACAGAACAAUUAAUAAAAGAUGGUUAUAAUUUAGAUCUAGAACCUGAUGAUGAAGAUUUAGAUUUAAUACCACCUAGACCUCUACAUGAACGUUAUUCUUGUUGUCAGUCAAAUACCCCUACUAAUUGUUCUAUACAAUGA